AUGUUAAAACUUGAAAAUCUGAACAACAUUACUACCAAGCAGCACAUCAUUGUAGGACAACUAGCUAGGGGUGUGCCAACAACAAGGUCCACUAAAUUUAAAUAUAUUUUAAAUUCAGUGAGAAUAAAAAAUUCCACUGCGCUUCUAACGACUGGUGCAAUAACAGUGAAAGAGUUCCUCAUUCAAUGUUCUCAUGCCACUGACUCUUAUUUUGAACAAGAACUGAGCUGGGAAAAUGAAACUCAAAGUUCUGAUGAAGAAGUACCAAUUAUGUAUCCACAGUAAAAUGCCAUCCUUGCUGUAGAAGAUAACCCAGCCGUUGAAGAUGCUGUAGACGUCAUUGAGCAACCAUUGGAUGGAAAUGUAAUUCCAACAUUGUUAAUUUGUAACAACGAUUUUGUAAUGUCAUUAAUCAUUAUAAAUGUCAUUUGUAUUUGGUAA